AUGCCUCUCUCCAGCAACGAGCAGACCAACACGACAGCAGAGGCGCUGGUGUCGACGCUGAAAGGAGCAUUCCACACGCCGCCGGGGUUCCGACCGGCACACGCGCGGGGGAUCUUGUUGAGCGGAAACUUCACGCCCAGCUCGGCAGCCAAAUCGUUGAGCUCAGCACACCACUUCAACGCUCCGUCAACGCCGGUGCUGGUACGGUUCUCCAACUCGACGGGCCUGCCGCAGAUCCCGGACAACGCGGCCGACGCCAACCCGCGCGGCAUGGCGACGCGGUUCGUGCUGCCGGACGACAGCGACGGACGACGACAACACACCGACAUCGUGGCGCACUCGACGCCCUUCUUUCCCGUGCGCACGGGCGAACAGUUUCUGGAGAUGCUGCAAGCGAUAGGGGCAUCAUCUGGGCCGGACACGCCACAGCCGUCGCCGAUCCAGACCUUCCUGGCCCAAAACCCAUCGGCGGCCGCAUUUGUGGCGGCGCCCAAACCCGCACCGGCCAGCUUCGCCACGGAGAAGUUUUUCGGCGUCAACGCCAUCAAGCUGGUGGCUGGCGAUGGCGGCGCCACGUUCGUCCGCUACCGCAUCACCCCGGACGCGGGCGAGGCGCACCUGAGCGACGACGAGGCCCAGGCGAAAGACCCGGCGUUUCUGCACAACGACAUCCAGACCCGCAUCAUCGACGGGCCCGUGUCGUUCACGCUGUCGGCCCAGAUCGCAGACGACGCCGACCCCACUGACGACGCUACCGUGCGCUGGCCCGAGGACCGUCAGAUCGUCCCUUUGGGCUCUAUUGUCCUCGAUGCCGUCGUCGACGACAAUGACGAGAAGCAGCGCACUACCAUCUUCGAUCCCGUCCCGCGCGUCCCGGGUCUCGAGCCCAGUGCUGACCCGCUGCUCGACAUGCGUGCCAGUAUCUAUCUGAUUUCCGGCCGGCAGAGAAGAGCGGCGGGACCUCAUCAUUAG